UGCAGGGUAUUUACAGCAGUUUUGGGCAGGGAUCCUGUGUCUGCAGGAAGGCAGGAUUCCCAUGGAGCAGCAGCUGCUGUGUAGGGAUAACUCCCCAUUACACUCCCAAAGGGGAGGAGAGGCUGAGGGAUCAAGCUGAGCAUUGGGCCAUAGGAAGCACGUUUUAAUUAUGCUUCCAGACUAACUGAAAGGAUGGGAACAGCGAGACAGGGAUGUGACAAGUGCUGGAUCAUUCCUGCUCAGAUCCCUCAGGAGGGGGAAGGUUUAGCCUCAGCCUCUCACCCUUGUGCUCUUGCUUCCCCCUCCCUCUGGGUCAUGCCCAGUCUUGCAGGGGUGGCUGGACCAGCCAGAGUCUCUUCCUUUGGAUACUGAGCCUCAGGGCUGGAAGCAGGGGGUUAUUUCCCCCGGGGGAACUGGGCAGCACCUCCCGACCCUGAGCUGCAAGUGGAGAGCAAACACAGCUCAAAAUACUCCUCACAGUACACACAGCCCCCCAUCCUCAGCCUACCUCUGGCUCUAUCACCCCUCCAAGGUGGGCAAAUCCACAGAGAUUUCAACAUAAGCAUCCCAGGACUUUCUCUUCCAUCUCUUCCCAACCAGCAGAGAAUGCCAGGAGGUGGCAGGAGAAGGGGAGAUGGCAGGGAUUGACACCAACCCCAGAGAAAUCAGAGGGGUGCAACAUUCCAGAAGCAGUUGGACAUUGCCAGUCCCUGUGACUCAUCCCAAAAGGAUGAGCUUCAAGCUGCACAGUGCAGCACAGCCCAGGGAUUUAUCAGGAGCAGCCCUGCAUGGGGAAGCUGCAAGGCCACCAGCCACCAGGGAGAUGCUGCUGGUCUGGUGACAGCCAGGACAUCAUGGAGAACUUCAACAUGUACGUGCAGGCAGGAUGAGCCUUGGGCUUGCCUCCUGUUUGUUCCCAAGGGAAUGUGUCCCUUGACUGGGAUGGGUUUAGCUUCAUGGUCUGGCACUGGCACUCCUGGAUUUUACCCACAGCCUUGGCUGUGCCUCACUGAGGCAUCAGAGAACAGGCACCUACAUGUGGAGAGCCUCUGGGACACAGGCACUUGCAAAGUGAGAUGAUACAAAGUUCUCCAAAUGGAAACCAAAACGCAUUUGAAACCAGGCACCAGAGGUACCUUCUGUUCUUUACUUGCAAUUUCUCUUUCAUUCUGACUGAAACAGCAUCUUACCUUGUGCCAGAAGAGUCCUUGGCUGGUCCAUGUGGUCACAGGGCACAGAAACAUCAGCAAAAGCCCUGUCUGGACCCACAGUUUGGAGCUGGGGAGAGUUGGGAUCUGCUACUUCUGGCUAUCUGGAAUGUACUGCUAAGACUUUCCACCCUUCCCAGCGCUGCCAAGCAGAUCAAGGACAAUGUCAUCAUGCAGCUCAGGGGUGGCCUCAGGGCUCGAUUCCCGGCCCAGAUGCAACACUCCAGGGCCGGUGCAAGGAAAUUCCUUCCUGGCACGGAACCUCCUCCCCCCGCGGAGCCGCUCACUUGCCCUGCUCAGCCAGGAGGACGCCUUGGAGAGCUUCGACGGCUCUGCCAGAAGGGUCCGUGACCUGAGUGAUGCUUUGGGCUCUGACCUGCUGGACCGCAGCUGCUCCCUCCCCGACCCGCAGCUGGUCCGCAGGAUCGUGUCCCAGGUGGAAUUCUACCUGUCCGAUGAGAACCUGGCCAGGGACGCUUUCCUCCUGAAACACGUCCAGAAGAACAAGAUGGGCUUUGUCAGCAUCAAACUACUGACAUCCUUCAAGAAGGUGAAGUACCUGACACGUGACUGGCAGCUCACGCUCUAUGCCCUGAAAUUCUCGGAGCUGCUGGAGGUGAACAAGGAGGGCACCAAAGUGAGGCGCCGGGUGCCCAUCCCCGAGGCCCUGCUGAGCAUCCCCCCCAGCAAACUGCUGCUGGCCUGGGAGCUGCAGCCCCGGGAGCAGGACCCACUGCUGCUGCCGCUGCUCCAGGAGAGCUUCCUGGAGAUCAUCCUGAGGAUGUUCAGCCCCUUCGGAGCCAUUGCCUCCAUCCGCGUCCUGCGGCCAGGCCGAAAGCUGCCCUCGGACGUGAGGAGAUACUCAGCCAAGUUCCCCGAGCUGCUGAGCAGGUGCUGUGCCCUGGUGGAGUACGAGAGCCUGGACAGCGCCUGCAGGGCCUUCGAGGACCUCGGGCACCGUGACUGUGACAGUGGCAUCAAGGUGGUCCGGCUGUGCGGGAAGGGGAACAGGAGGAAACCUGGGGAAGAGAGGCAGGUGGUGGAGGAGCUGGUGGAUCAGCCAGGCUGGAAGGUGCAGGGAGCUGCCCUGAGCCUCCCCUACAGCCACGAGGACUCCCUGCUCUGCAGCUCUCCGGGGUCGGAUGAUGCCUCGGGGCCGCUGUCCCUUCUCCUGAACGAGGACCCCGUGGCACCUGCCUGGCCUGGCAGCAACUUCAAGCCUGGGAAUUUCAGCGCCUUCACCGGAUCACUCCUCACCAGCAGCAAGGUUUUCCCUCCUCUUGGGCUGGGCUUGGGAACCAGCAGCUGCUACAGCCCCCGCGGCAGCACCAAGAGCCCCUGCGGUGGCUGGGGGGGCACCACGGGUGCCUGGGGACCCUGGAGCAGAAGCCCCUCUCCUGAUAUUGAACCUCCUCCAGGAAAUCCCCUGACACCAAAGUGGGUGUCUGAGCCCCUCAGCCUGUGGGAUGGGGUCCUUCACCUGCCCCACAACCCCGAUGACACGAAAGGCUUUGGCAGCAGCUUUGGGAGCAGAGAGCUCGUCCUCCGGCGCUGAGGCUCCUUUGCAUUUGGGGUUGAGGCUUGUUAUUUUCUUUCUUUUCCCUUCUUCUCUUGAGCAGAAGAUUUCUCCGUGGCCCCAAGAGCUGUGGGCGCUGGCAGUGCAGCUGCUCCAGGGGACGGAAGUUUUGGGACAAGGACGAUGCUCGAGGUGAGAGGCUGAGCAGCAGCAGGAGUUGUGCUGUGCUCAUGCCAGUGGGACUGUUCUUGCCUGGGGCCCAGAGUUAGGAUGGGGUCCAGGUUUUGGAUGGGAAAUGGGCAAAUAAAGAGAGAUGAAUUUUCCAGGCA